GAACGUUAGUGACCGUUGGCUGAGGUUUUGAGAGGACGGGGGCAGCACGCCCACAGUCCUACUGGUGACGAAUUAGGGCACAACGGCUAGAAGAAAGGGAGGAUCUAGGAAGCAGCUAAUAAAGGAAAAUGGGGUUCCAGUGGCCCGCUGGUAGAAGGAAAGCGAGGAUGUGCGGAACAGUAACAAAGAAGCAGAUUGCUGUACUCAGGAAUUGAUCAGUGGGGUGGGGAUUGCUUAUAGUUGACAACUGUUUUUUUCCUGCUAGGGCUGCUGUGCCUGAUUUUACAGCUGUCUGUGACAAGUAGAAGUUAAACCUGGGGAAGCGUUGUAUUCAUCAGUGUUGGGAAAAGUUCACCUGCACAGUUUUCCCAUUCUCGUUAAGCUAUGGGGUGCACAGGAGCUCUGCCAGGGUGAAAAAACAAACCCCUUAGGGCUGGCCAGUUGGACACUAAGCAUGCUAGUGAAUGGCAAAAUAAGCGAGUGAGCAAGGCCUAUUUAUUUAUUCAUAUACCACCUAAUGCCAAAAUAGGCUAUCUUGAUGACAGUAGUAGGUUCUAAGGGGUGGCCGCUGAUUCCAUGAGAACGAAUAAAAAAAACUUGGGAUGCAAGCUUGAAUAUGUCCAACAGGAUGAAGUAGACGUUUCUGUAUCUUUGAAGGACUGUGACUUGGGACCAUGGACAGAAGGAAUGAUUCAGACAGACAGCUGAACCCCCCUGCUGCCUUUAGAGGUCCAAGGCCCAUUGGACCAAGGGGGUUGAUGCCACCUUCACAUUUCCAGAGCCGGUCAGCACCACCUCUAGCUGUGCCUGCUGCAGUGCCCUGGGGUGCCCCUCUUCUUCCUAACUUGGAGGCAGCUGAACUCAAACGAGAAAACCAGCGACUGAAGGAUGAACUCCACAGAUGGGCCACAGAGGGAGCCAAAAGAGAAGAAUCUGGAACCAGAGCCAGGUCAUUGGAUAGAGAAGCUGAGCCCUCAAAUGUGUGUCACACCUUGGCCAUGUCCCAACAGGCUGAGAUCAUCUCUCACCAGCUGCACGAGAUCCAGCGGUUAGAGGCUGAGCUAGCCACUGUUCGAGUUGCCUCAGCCCAGCAGGAGGCAGCAGCGGCCAGUCGGGAAAAGACCCUCUCUUGCCUUCAGAGUGAGUUUGCAGAGCUCAAGAACCAGAGUGAGGCAGAAGCUGCUGGCUUGAAGGCAGAGCUAGAGGAAGUCAGAAGGAGCAGCAAACUGGAGACUGAGACUCUCGGGCAAGAGCUGGAGGAGCUUAAGAGGCGGAGGCAGUUGGAAGCUGAUUCUCUGAGGGAGGAGCUGGAGCUGACCAAGGAAAGGUAUGGCCAUGAACUUGGACUGGCCCGAAGAGAGCUGCAGGGGGUGCUUGAAGAAGCAGAAGCUGAGCGAAAGAGGCAAGAGCAGAGGGUGCGGGAGUGCCUACAGACAGCGCUCAGGGAGCACCAGGCAGAGUUGUCCAGACUCUCUGAAGUCCAUGGGACUGAACUUGCAUCCCUGAAGCAUCAACUCUGUGCGCUCAAACAGGAUUUGGAAGCUCAGCAUAAGGAGGCUGUCCAAUUAAGGGAAAAGAAGGAUGUUCUGCAGACCCAACUCAGUGCAGCUGAGGCAGAGCUCACUUCCCAGAAUGCAUUGCUGCUGCAGCUGAAGACCUACGUUGGGGAACAGGAGUCAAAGCAACCCAGUUCUGAGCAGGAACAACUGAUAAGGAGAGUGCAGCAACUGGAAGAUGAGAAUGAUGCCUUGAAAAUUACAGCUGAGCUGUUGCAGGUUCGCCUAACUUCUCUCAGUGAUAUUCUGACACUACAGGAGACGGAACUCUGCAAGAAGGUGCAGCUCCAGGACCCUCUUCAGCCUGAGUCAUCUCGGAAACUUCAGUCCUUGCUGACCCGGUGGCGGGAGAAAGUCUUUUCCCUCCUGGUGCUGCUGAAAUCUCAGGAGCUCAGCCACAGGGAUGCCACUAAACAGCUAGAAAGGAAGGUAAAAGAGCUAGCAGAAGAAGUGGAGUCCAGAGAACAGAAGGUGGCGCUCUUGCUCCACAGCUUAGAAGACAAGACUGCUGAAGCUAAUGUGGAAAGGGUGAGAAAUAAGGCUCUGCAGGCAGAGGCAUUGCGCUCGAAUGAAUUGGCACAGGAUCUUCAACGGAGGGCAGAGACGGGUGAAAAUGCCAUUCGGGACCUGGUGGACUUUGUCAGCAGGUUAAACCAGCAGCUGAUGGGACAGGAAGAUGCAUGGAGAGCAGCCUUGUCACGUCUUGCGGGGUUGGGAAACCGAGUUGCUUUUGCAGCCAAGAGAGUCGACACCAUCCAAGGGCUGGUGUGCCAGAAAUUAGCAUUAGCCAGACUUCAGCAAGACGAGAGACCUUGCACCACAAGAUCAGACCAUGAGAAGAUUCAACCGUCUUAUGAAGACCUUCAAGCUGAGUUACAGAUGCUGCACGAAGAACGGGACCAACUCUCGAUGGAGCUUAAACGUGGGGCACAACUCAUAGAGAAGAAAGUGGUGGAAGCGCGCGAGAGAGCGGAGUCUGAGCUCAAGGACAUGAGAGAGACUUCACAGAGCCUGCAGGAGGCGCUAGAGGCAAAGGCAUUGGUGGGACAGGCACUGAGGGAGCAGCAGGAGGCUACAGAGAAGCAGCUGGAGGCAGCUUACAGCAACCUACAGAGGAGCGAAGAGGCUGCUGAGAGUCUGAGGCAAGAGCUGGGACAACUAAGAGCGGAGUAUGAGAGAGCCCUGCAGGAGAAGGUAACUGAAGUUGAAACACAGCUGCGCAAAGAUCUGUCAGAAAUGGAGAAAGGACUCAAUGACGCACGGAGGGAGCACACCAAGGCAGUGGUUGCCCUCCGCCAAGCUGAGCGCCAGGCAGCAAGAGACAAAGCUCGCAGCAAUGAGCUGGCCAAGUUGCAAGAAUCCGCCAUGCAACAGGAAAUAGCACGGCUUGAAGGACACCUGCAGGAGCUUGAGAGGGACAAGAACUUGUUGAUGGCUACCUUGAGGCAGGAAGGGCUCUUGGCCCAGCGUCGACAGAAUCGGCUGGCAGCAGUCCGGGCCCCAGCAGAAUCAACUGGGAACACUGGAACGAAGCCUCCAUCUAAAGAGUCCCUGUUUGCUGUGCUGGAUGACCUGCAGGUUCUAGGUGCUGCUAUACUGGGUGAAGAGGAAGCAGACCAAGAGAGAGAGGCCAAUGCUGACACCUAAGAGCAAAUCCUGUUGGUGGGAAGGAAAAUCAACUUGGAGAGGCCUGGAUGUGGGAAUGAACAGAAUAUUUGUAAAUAAAAAUUAUUUAAAUAGG